AAUAUUUUUAUUAUUAAUUUAUUUAUUAACCAGGAAUUGGGACUAAGACAUGGCCCACUAUAAGGGUGCCGCCAGUGAAGCGGGCCGAGCCGCCCAGCUAAUGAAGAAGCGCGAGAUCCAGCAACAGGAGAUUGAGUUCCGCAAGAAGAAAAUUGAAGAGGAAUUGAAGCUGGACAAGAUUGAGAACAAGUUCGCCACUCACUAUGAUGCCGUGGAACAGCAGCUCAAGUCCUCGACCAUUGGUCUGGUCACUUUGGAUGAAAUGAAGGCCAAGCAGGAGGAUAUAGUGCGCGAACGUGAAAAGAAAUUGGCUCAAAAGAAAGACGAGAAGGACCGAGAGAAGCAGCGCGCCUUGGAGGCCAUUCAGGCCGAGAAGAACAAACAGAAACGUCAAAUCCAAGCCUUGUCCUUCAAUUUAGAUGAUGAUGAAGAUGGCGGAGAAGACGAAGAUGACGAUAAGGACAAUAAUAUAGAUAAGAUCAAAACUGAGGAUGAAGAUGUUAAGCCCAAGAUAACCAAGUGGACAGAAGCGGAACCUGUCAAGAAGAAGAAAAUUUGCAAAAAUCCCGAUGUGGACACAUCGUUUUUGCCGGACCGCGAGCGCGAGGAACAGGAAAAUCGUCUACGUGAGCAACUACGUCAGGAAUGGGUCAUGCAACAGGCUGAACUCAAAGAUGAGGAAAUUUCCAUAACUUUCAGUUAUUGGGAUGGCUCUGGCCAUCGGCGUAAUGUUAUCAUGAAGAAGGGCAACUCCAUUUAUCAAUUCCUACAGAAAUGCCUGGAGCUCCUGCGUAAGGAGUUCAUCGAGCUAAAAACGGUUAUGGCGGAUCAGCUCAUGUACGUGAAAGAGGAUUUGAUUCUGCCCCACCAUUAUUCAUUUUACGACUUCAUUGUGACCAAAGCUCGCGGCAAAUCCGGACCGCUUUUCCAAUUUGAUGUUCACGAUGAUGUUCGGAUGAUAAGCGACGCUUCUGUCGAAAAGGAGGAAUCCCAUGCGGGUAAGGUUCUACUUCGUUCCUGGUACGAGCGCAACAAACACAUAUUUCCCGCCAGCCGUUGGGAGCCAUACGAUCCCACCAAGUCCUAUGACAAAUAUACAAUUAAAGAUAAAGACAAGAGUAAAAAGUAGUUUAUGCACCAUCUUAUUAAAGAAAUAAAGCAAAUAAUUUUCUAUUUCUUUGGAAAA